GGGGGGAAGAAAAAAAACCCGCGGGAAGGCAGCGAGAGAGGCGAUCGGGAGGAGCAGAAGAAGGGAACUUGAUUCGAGCUGGCACAGGCGGGGGGAAAAAGUCGAUCGCCAGCAGCAGCAUAAAAGUGUGCGCGGCUCCUCUCGAGGGGAGCAGCGGCGGCGGCGGCAGCCACAGGUGCCCCCGACGUGGAGCGAAGCUCUCGGGACUCGGCCUGGGGGAUCGGGCGAAGGAGCCCUUCCGGCGCGCUCCUCCCGGCCGCGAGGAGGAGCACGAGGGCGAGCAGCCCCCUGGGACGCGGGGAAGGUGCCCCGCGAGGAUUUCGGCUCGAGGAGGUUCCCGUCCCGCCAUCAAGAUUUUGUCCAAAAGCAGGCAAGAGGAUCGCCCUGCGCUGAGCCGCCUGGUGGGCAGCAGGCGGCGGCUGAUCGCGGCCGGAGCGCUGGGGGUGGUCAUGGUGCUGCUGCUGGUCAUCCUCAUCCCGGUGCUGGUCAGCUCGGCGGGCACGUCGGCGCACUACGAGAUGCUGGGCACCUGCCGCAUGGUGUGCGACCCCUACGGCGGCACCAAGGCGCCCAGCACGGCCGCCACCCCGGACCGAGGCCUCAUGCAGUCGCUGCCCACCUUCAUCCAGGGCCCCAAGGGAGAGGCCGGCCGCCCGGGCAAGGCCGGGCCCAGGGGGCCGCCGGGGGAGCCCGGCCCGCCGGGGCCCGUGGGCCCGCCGGGGGAAAAGGGAGAGCCCGGGCGCCAGGGCCUGCCGGGCCCGCCCGGGGCGCCGGGCCUGAACGCGGCCGGGGCCAUCAGCGCCGCCACCUACAGCACCGUGCCCAAGAUCGCCUUCUACGCGGGCCUCAAGCGGCAGCACGAGGGCUACGAGGUGCUCAAGUUCGACGACGUCGUCACCAACCUGGGCAACCACUACGACCCCACCACGGGCAAGUUCACCUGCUCCAUCCCCGGCAUCUACUUCUUCACCUACCACGUGCUCAUGCGCGGCGGCGACGGCACCAGCAUGUGGGCAGAUCUGUGCAAGAACAACCAGGUGCGAGCUAGUGCAAUUGCUCAGGAUGCAGACCAAAACUACGACUAUGCCAGUAACAGCGUCGUUCUACAUUUGGAGCCUGGAGAUGAAGUCUACAUAAAAUUAGAUGGAGGGAAAGCACAUGGAGGAAACAACAACAAAUACAGCACAUUUUCUGGAUUUAUAAUUUAUGCUGACUGAUAAUUAAGUGAAACACAAAAUCACAUUCUUCUAAGUGAUGGAUUCAUGUGGCAAAAAACACAAAAUCGACGAAUCAAGAACCCCAGAGGAUACUGGCCGAGGGACACCUCAUUAACGUGGGGCAAAAUGCUACCUGACUCACAUCUGUACAACCCAGAGAGUGUGUUUUAAAAAAAUAUAGAGCAAGUUAAACAGAUGUGUGAUCCAAAAUCACCAAAGCAAAAUACUCCUUGUUGUUAGUGUCCAUGUGAAUGAAGUCCUAUAUAGAUCACAACUUUUAUAGAGGAAAAAAAAUCUUUAAAGCACUGAAUUAUUUCUUCGGCAUAUAUGAUACUUUUGGUGUGCUAUGAUCUUGCUGCUUUUAUCCAUCCAUCAGCUUUGGUACUUGUGACUUACCUGCUAACUAUGAUGCGUGUGGAUCCAACUCAUAGUAUGUGGUGAGGAAUGAUUUUACAAUAAAAAGAAGAUGUAAUUGAA